AUGCAUGUGAAUUAUCUGAACAACUGGUCGAGUCCACCCCCAGAUGCCAACCUCAAGACAGAAAAGAUACAGCCACCUGAGGCCUUGCAGGCCAGGAGAGGCAGCCUACAGGUGGAGAAGGCACUCAGGUUGCAGUGGAGAGAAAGCAAUGAUAUAAAGGGCAAUGCAGGAAAUGAAAAAGAUUCUUCAGGUUCAGCUUGUACCGUUGAAAGCUCAAGAAUGGACAGAAAACAUGGGAAGUAUGUGGUGAAUGUCGAACACUCUGAAAGCCAGCCACCAAGCACAUGUUCAAAUGACCAAGCUGUUCACAGUUCCGCAUGCUGGUGUCCGCAUUCAGAUGACAUAACCAGUGACUCAACUGGGGUCUGCCUGGGCCCAGCAGUUCCUUCAUACUCAGAAUAUCCACACAGAGAAUUAUGUGACACAGAGGUGAAAGGAAGUUGCUGCAAUAACUGGUCGCUGUGGAAAGUCUUUCUGUCUUGCCUCUUAGCCUGUGUGGUAACAACAGCAAUUGGAGUUCUUGUAAUAUACCUGGUGAAUAACAGAGGAAAUGGCAAUUCCUCUGUUGUCAUCCAGCUACCCCCAAAUGGUGGGGGGCCUGUCAUUAUUCUUCCUGGAACAUCCUCUACUGCUUCUCAACCAACAGUGACCAGCACUUCAACGGAACCUGCAACCACUGCACCAGAAUCUGCAACCACUGCGAUAUACGCAGUAUCCUCAACCACAGUUGCCACAAGCCUCACUUCCACUGAAUCCACACUUAAAACAGCCAGGACAACUCCAAGUGGGACCACAGCUGCCCUCAGUUCAGCACAUGCCCCAUAA